UGAUUUGAUUGAGGAGCGUGAAUUCUAUUCAUUCGGCCACCUUUUUCUGUAACAGUCUCCUACGUUUCCUUCUUUGGCAGUACACGUCUCUCUCUCUCUCUCUCUCUCUCUCUCUCUCUCUCUACUUCCUUCAAACCCUUUUCAUUCAUUUUUCGAUCUAUCUUCAUAUUUCAGCAAUACCAUUUUGUUUUCAUCAUCAUUAUCAAUGGGUGCUGUAGAUGAAGAAUACGAUUACUUGUUCAAGUUGGUUUUGAUCGGUGAUUCUGGUGUUGGAAAGUCCAAUCUUUUAUCUAGAUUCACUAGAAAUGAAUUCAACUUGGAAUCCAAAUCCACCAUCGGUGUUGAAUUUGCUACUCGCAGUGUUAGGAUUCUUGAUAAGCUUGUUAAGGCUCAGAUUUGGGAUACUGCUGGUCAAGAAAGAUAUCGUGCAAUCACAAGUGCAUACUACCGUGGAGCUGUUGGCGCAUUGCUGGUGUACGACUCAACAAGGCAUGUGACAUUUGAAAAUGUUGAAAGGUGGUUGAAGGAGCUUCGAGAUCACACAGAUGCCUAUGUUGUAAUCAUGCUUGUAGGAAACAAAGCAGAUCUUAAACACUUGCAAGCUGUGUCAACGGAAGAAGCUACCACAUUUGCCGAGAAAGAAAACAUAUAUUUCAUGGAAACUUCUGCACUAGAGUCAUUGAAUGUGGACAAUGCUUUCGUCGAAGUGCUCACUCAGAUAUACAAUGUAGUGAGUAAGAAGACUCUUGAGAAAGAGAAUGGCUCUGCAUCAGUGCCUAAGGGAGAGACUAUCAAUAUUGGUAAAGAUGAUGUUUCAGAUGUUAAGAAGAGUGGAUGCUGCAGUACAGCAUAGUUUGAAUUGAAAGAUGUAUACAUUAGAAGAGGAAGUUCUUAGUUACAGAGUAAAUUCUCAUCAUUUUGGGAUCCAUUUGAAAUGUUUUGAUAUUUGAUUGAUACCUUUAUUUUACCAUUGAUACCUUUAUUUUACAAUUGAAUUUUCUCCUAUUUGUUGUGGGAGUCAUUAUUUUGUAAUGUGUUUUCGUUUGCUGAGAUAUAGGGUUUUUCUCAAUCUAUUAUUGUUGUUACAAUUCAGGUGUUGUUU